UUGCUACUGAUCCUCAGUUUACUUCACGUUGCAAUGGAGUAUUUUUCAGUGUGUAAUUUUUUUUACUAAAGUAAAUAUACUCCGGUGGAUUAGAUAUAAAAACACGUUCAGCCAUCAGAGGAACUGUAGCGCAAAUGUUGUACCUACUCGGACCUUUUAGUUUCUGAACCCGGAUCUGAGUGCGUUGCUGUUGUUGUUGUUGUUGUUGCUGUCGCUGCGAUCUGAGCAUGAAGGAAACAAACAUGUGUCCUCUGGUGAGUGUCGCGGAUCUGCUGCAGGCAGAGCUCCAGGAGGACGCUGCUCACCGGGACGACGGCCUGUGCGUCGUCGGUAUUUUCGGUAAGAGCAACAUGCAGUCCGGGCCGCCCAAAGAGUCCAUCAUCAACACGCUGGCGGACAAACACAUCUUCACGCUGUUCGGCGAGCCGGAGGACGGCACCGCGGACAGCCACAUCCAGGCUUUCUACCACCAGGAGAGCCGGGUGCUGUACCUGCUGCUCUCCUCGGUGUGCGACAGCCGGCAGCUGCUGCGGGCCUGCCAGUCUCUGAGCGCCGGUACCGGCCACUCCGACGCACACGACUUCUGGAAAGGCCUGGAGAGACAGCACUGCCUCCACCUGCUCUACAUGUUCUCCGUGUGCCACGUCCUGCUGCUCGUCCACCCAAACCAGACCUUCGACGUGUCCUACGACCGGCUCUUCAGAGCCCUGGACGCGCUCCGGCAGAAGGUGCUGCCUCUGAUCCGAGCUGUCAUCAAAGACUGCCCCGUGUCCAAAGAGUGGAAGGUGAACUGUCGGCCCUGCCCGCCCCGGCUGCUCUUCGUCUUCCAGAUGAACGGCUCUCUCAAGGUUUCUGGAAAUGGUUCCGAAUCUGGAGGAAAUCCCGACAAACCCAAAAAGCACUCUCCCAGAAGGCGGCUGCAACACGCCCUGGAGGACCAGAUUUACCGCAUCUUCCGUAAAAGCAGAGUCCUGACCAACCAAAGCAGCAACUGCUUGUUCACUGUUCCUGCCAACCAGGCGUUUGUGUACGUGAUACCAACGGUAGAAGAGGACCCUGUGGGGGCCUUGCUUGGUCAGCUGCGGUCCAACUGCAUCUUGAGUGAACAAGACACCACCACAACGGUGUCGGGGCCGAGACGUUACCAGCAGAUGAGGCGUUCGGCUCGGCAGUCCAGCUUUGGAGACCCAGGUAGUAUGUUGAUGGGCGGCCAGCUGGUGGACUGCAGCUUGAAGGAAUUCUUAUGGCAGCACGUUGAGCUGGUGCUGACCAAGAAAGGUUUUGAUGACAGCGUCGGACGCAACCCGCAGCCUUCCCACUUCGAGCUGCCGACCUACUCCAAAUGGGUCCAGGUUGCCUCCAGACUCCACCAGGUCCUAAUUAGCAACACAGACGAAGAAAUAGCCGAAUUAGUCACAAAAGUGCAAGGCCAGCUGAAGGUUUUGGAGGGUUUUCUCGACGCUGACACAAAGUUCUCAGAGAACAGGUGCCAGAAGGCUCUGCCGCUGGCUCACAGCGCAUACCAGUCCAACCUUCCUCAUAACUACACCACUACCGUGCACAAAAACCAGCUGGCGCAGGCUCUGCGGGUGUACAGCCAGCAUGCCCGAGGCGUGGCUUUCCAGCGCUACGCUCUGCAGCUUCAUGAGGACUGCUAUAAGUUCUGGAGCAACGGCCACCAGCUGUGUGAGGAGCGAAGCCUGACUGACCAACACUGUGUGCACAAGUUCCAUCUGCUGCCUCAGCUAGGAGAGAAGCCAGACAUGGAUCGCAACCCACCCAUCUUGAACCACAACAGCAGGGGGCGCUCCACCAGCUCCUGUAACUGUGGCAGGAAACAGGCUCCACGCGAGGAUCCGUUUGACAUCCAGGCUGCAAAUUAUGACUUCUACCAGAUGCUGGAGGAGAAAUGCUGCGGGAAGUUGGAGAGGAUCGAGUUUCCAGUGUUCCAACCCAGCACUCCUGACCCAGCUCCAGCCUCCGACCAAGCUCAGAGACUCCCAUGUGAGGUCACAGGAUCUGUUGACGCAGAGAGGCUGAAAGAACCGAGCACAGCCCAGAGCCACACACCUGGAGACACCAGCCUCAGCCUGGCUCUCAGUCUAGGCCAGUCCACGGACAGCCUGGGGCCCUACGCGGAUGGAGAAGGAACCGAUACUCAAGUUCAGCAAAAGAGGCCAAGCCUUGUUGACCGCCAGCCCUCCACUGUGGAGUACCUCCCGGGCAUGAUGCACUCUGGCUGCCCCAAGGGCUUGCUGCCUAAGUUUUCCAGCUGGUCGCUGGUCAAACUGGGUCCAGCCAAAUCAUACAACUGUCACACUGGUCUGGAACAGCCAGGCUUCCUACCCGGCUCUUCCUUCCUCUUGCCGUGGGACUUGGUGAUUCGGUCUCGGUCGGAGGAGGACGCAGGACUGACAGAGCCUUUGGAUGGAGGCACCUCCUCGUGGCCAGCCCCCAACAAGACCCUCGUGGGAAAGCGAGGGAGCACCGGAGGGCUCGGCAGGAGUCGCAGGAGGGACGACAUGGCUCGGGUCUUUGUGGGGUUUGAGUAUGAAGACAGCAGGGGAAGACGCUUCAUUAGCUGCGGGCCUGAUAAAAUUGUGAAGGUUCUGGGGCCAGGAGGUGCCAAAGAUCCCGCCACCAGGGUGCUAAACACAGACAUGCCACUUUACAUCCCUUCCCCUUCGCAGGGACGUGGCCUGAAGCCUCAUUUCGCCCAGCUGGCUCGCCUUUAUGUUGUGGUGCCUGACGCCCCGCUGGAGGUUACCCUCAACCCACAGGUACAGCCUGGUCCUCCUCCCUGCCCAGUUUUCCAUCCAGAGCAGACAGAUUUAGUGUUGCCACCUGACAGUCUUUGGGUGCUUCGUUUCCCGUAUUCCUACUCAACAGAUCGCGGCCCGUGUUAUCCCCCCAAAGAGAACCAACCACUCAACAACUACAAGGUGCUGCGAGGCAUCUUGAAGGCCACCACUGCUAACCCUCCACCACAGUGAACAGUACAGUAAAGUAUGAAGGACUUCACCUUCCCAGACCUGGUCUUAUUUAUUUACACCUCCUGAUAAAGGUUGAGAACAUUUUGAUUUUUGGAUUUAGAGCUUAAUUCAAACAAAGUUACUGAACACUUUCAUGCUCCCCAGAGGAAGAACUCAUUUUGUAAUGUUGCCCAAACAUUGAAAAUAGCCAAAUCAUCAGUAAUACAUGUUUCCUAACACUUUGUGAGGUGACAUGGACAGUGGCGAGUGACGAGUAAGUGUUCGUCAGAUGGUCAAACACCUUCAGAAAACCCGCUUUCUUUCCAACGUCGGAUUAGGGACGAGUGCUGUGUCUGACAAUUUAUGUAAUUUUCCCAAACCGACAUUCACACCCACUUCACGCCACAAUUGGCCAGCUGUGCGGAGGCGAGAAAACAAGCAGGAUGCGAACUUCUCUCUUCCACUCUUGAUACAACUAUUUGUGCCACUUUUCAUGUGAAAAAAAAAUAAACACACACACACA